UCAUCAUCCCCAAUCUGCAAAAUCGAUCGAAUUCUCAAAGUCCGAAGCACCCCCAAAACCCUAUCGAACUUUGAACAGUACAGAGACACCAUCAAAUCCAAAUCCACCAAGCUCCCCAAAAAAUACCCACGCUGCAUCGCCGACGGCAACGAGCUCCUCCGCUUCCACUCCACCACCUUCGUCUGCUCUCUCGGCCUCAACUCCUCUUCCAAUCUCUGCAAUUCCAUCCCCAAUUGCAGUGUCUGCAGCAUCAUCAAAAAUGGGUUCAAGCUUCCCAAUGACGCCGGAAAAGGGAUUCUCACGACGGCCACGAGCGGGAAGGCGCAUGAUAGUGCGGCGGCGGCGGAGGAGGACGGUGGUGGUGAUAGGAGGGCGAUGUUGGUUUGCAGGGUGAUUGCGGGAAGAGUGAGGAAGAAUGGGGAGGGUGGUGGUGGUGGGGAGGUGGUGGAGGAGUAUGAUUCAGUGGCUGGAGCUGCCGGAGUUUAUUCCAAUUUGGAUGAGUUGUAUGUGUUUAAUCCUAGGGCUAUAUUGCCUUGUUUUGUUGUUAUAUAUAGGGGAUUUUAAUUGAACACCUUUAAAUUGUUAAAAUAAAAAAAAAGGGGUUUAAUUCCUAAAUCC